AUGGCAUUUAAUGUUACUUAUGCAGACACGCUUCAUCAACAUGUUGUGAUGUGGGUCGAUCCAUCUAUUGGUGAAGUAGGUGACAAUGAAAGAAUGAAAGAACGUUUUCGUCGUGUUACACAUCCAUUAUAUACCUUUAUUGAUGCUGCGUCAGCCGUCAAGUUUAUUGAAGAACAACGUGAUGCUGGUAAAGCUGUUUUUCUUAUAACUUCAGGCCGUUUGGCUCGUGAAUUAGUACCACAAGUAUAUGAUUUUCCAUGUGUUAUUACAAUAUUCAUAUAUUGUGCUAAAAUAAAAGACUACAUAGAUUGGGCGACAGAUUACAUCGAGAAGGUGCUUAUGUUUGAUUUUGAUGAAGAAUUACUUAUUCGAUUAACUAAUGAGAUCGCUAAUUAUUUGGAAGAAGAAGCAAAAAAGUAUGAAAAUAAUGGUAACGUGAAAAGUGCCUCUGGAUUACUUGAUUGGGCUGCUUGGUUAUAUAAUGAUGCGAGUACGUUAGAACAAACUGCUUGCAGAGCGAUUCUUGAAAAUAUUAGAAAACGUCGUCAGAAACUUAAUAUUGAUCAUCAAAUCGCGCAUCCUAAUCAAUUCAACAAUCAAUAA